CGCUGGCACGACAGCACCUCACCCCAAGCGCUAACAUACCUCGGGUAUCCAUUGUACAACAAUCCACACCAGCUCGCAUCUUUCUUGGAUAAUCUCUACACCAAAUUAGAACACCAUAUUGCUCUACUAAAACAACGCCAUCUCUCCAUCCAAGGAAAAUCUAUAAUUGCCAACUCACUGCUACUCUCUCGACUAUGGCAUGUCCUCCGCGUGUGUAUCGUCCCGGUCGAGUGGUUACAGAAAUGUCAAAACUUAAUUCGACAAUACCUGCUCCCUUUCUUCCCUUUCUCUCGCCGGAUACGGAACUACGGCGACUUCCCGCUAAAUACUUGGUGA